AGAUAAAAUCACAAUAUUUAAAGUAGUAAAGUUAAGUUAUUCCAAUAAUCUUCAGAUCUCAACGAAAUAUAAUGCAUUUUCGCGUGCUGCCCAAACUUCACUACCUCGUCCACCAGCUGCAGGCGAGACAGCUCUCGACCGCGGCCGGUGCCGCCUUCCGGCAGGUCAAACAAACGCUCAAACAGGUCGACCCGUACUCCCGGAUCCGCAUCCAGUGCCGGUGCAACUUACGAAUCGUUCCGGCCGAUCUGCUCGACAACCCGGACUCGAACGUCCUCAAGGUAACGCUGAGCAGCGACGAUUACAACGUGGACGUGCAAGUAUCCGGCAAGGAGGUCACCAUCGAAGGGGAUGGUUCCGGUGUGGAAGGCGACCCGAACCCGGAGUGUCUGUUGGAGGUUCCGAUAAAGUCUGACUUGGAGGUGACUAACGGAGGCAGUACGAGCAUUAAGGAUUUGUACAGCGAUGAGAUUCGGGUUAGAUCGGACGGCGAUAUUGUAACGAAGAGUCUUCGGUGUACGGUGAUUGAUUUGGCCAGUGCCGAUGGGAACAUAAGCUGUGGAGGGACAACGCUGGCACAGACGGUCCGAGUGGCUUGCACCGGGAAGGGAAACAUCUUGCUGGACAAGCUUCAGGGUGGAGAAGUGGACGCCGAAAGUAACGAAGGGAGCAUCAGAGUAAAUUCCAGUUACACGAAUAGUUCCAGUUUCCGGACGACGCGUGGAGAUUUGACCCUCAACAACAUCCACAAGCUGUGCCGGCUGUUCUCCGGUGGAGCGGGGAAGCUGGCAAUGAACGGCUUCUACGGCACCCUCCAGGCAGAUGUGGCCAGUCGCGAGGUUGACCUGCAGCUUUCGGAACUCGUUGGAGCGAGCAGCAUUUCGGCCACUUCCGCAGAGCUCGUUAAACUGUCCAUCAGCGACACGGUCCACGAUGGUACGGAAAUUGCCAUCAAGUGUGACCAGCUCGAAGUUGAUCCAAAUCUGGCGGGUGGAAAAGCACCGUCCCAGGAGGAUGGCAUGUCGGUCCUGGGUGAUAGUUCCAAGGAAAAUAAGCUGAACGUUGAUGCCAGCUCCGGGCGUGUGGUGCUGAAGAAAAUGUCCUGGGCGGACACGUUCGGGUUUAAUCUUAAGGUUCAGUGAAUGUAGAAAUGCUAGUCCGAGUAAACGGUAGUUGAGCAAUGUUAAACUUGUGUUUUU